GCGCUCACAGAGCUCCAAACUUUUCAGGUUGCGCUAAAAGAAGAAUGCAGUGUAAAGUCAUUUUUGUGGCCGCCAUAUUUGGUGCAAUUGUAUGCACAAUGACUGUAUCUUCACGUUGCGGUUGCCUUGAAGAGCCAGCGACCGGAAGCAAAAGGAGGGAGAAAUAUUGCAGACCUCACUUGGUUCCCAAAUCGGAGCGACACAAACGACGUGACUGUAUCUGCAGACCAGGAAUGGUCCGCAAUGCCUGGGGGGACUGCAUCACCAACAAAGAAUGCAUGAGCUGCAAAUGUCAUCCAAACAAAGACUUCAACUUGUGCGCUCGGGCUUGCCCAGUCAAGUGCAAUGAGCCAAUACGCACAUCGUGCACUAAAGAGUGCGUGCUCGGGUGUGACUGCCCUCCUGGUUUCGUACGGGACCCCAAGAGGAAGAACCGUUGCGUGAAGGCAACGCAGUGCACUCUCAGAUGCCCCAAUCAUUCCAAGUUCCAGUUCUGCGUGUCUACAUGUGCACCAAAAUGCGGUCAACCUACGAGUGGAAAUUGUGCUACACGUUGCCAAAGAGGCGGCUGCGUUUGUGAUCCAGGUUACGCCGAGGUCGAGCACAACGGCGACACUAUCUGCGUGCCACUGGGAGACUGCUCCCGGUACAUUGCUGUAAGGGUACCACCGCUCCCUGCAGGCAGACCAGGACAUUUAGGUGGUGGAUUCAGCUCUGUUGGGGUGACAGGCGGCACUACUGGAAGAAUAGGAAGCACCACGACAGGCACCAGUACAGGAGGACUCAAUACGCUUAAACACGGAUUGACUACUGGAAGCUGGUCUUCACCUACAAUAACAGGGAAUACUGUUAACAGUGUCAUUCGGCCCUCAACAGCUUUACAAGCAGGUGGUGGUAUGGAUGGCAGUAUUGUGGGAGGCGGCCGUAAUCUCAACGCUGGUGCAAGUACCGGUGGAUCUACGGCUGGCUCAAGUGUGACUACAGGUAGAAGAGCAGGCAGCAUUGCAGGGCCAAUAGCUGGCGCACUUUUAGGAGGCUUAGCAACAGCUGGGGUUGGUGCACUAGCCGCAGGACUGACAGGCAUAGGCCGCACUGGUCACCGCGUACGUAGACCUUGUGUAGGCUUACGCUGUAGGGUGUCUGCAGUAUUACGUGGCCACCGAACUGGAUGUGUCGGCUGUAACAUGCGCAAUUUGGGAUAGAGGUGUGUCAUGCAAUAGCAUCAACGGGUUUCUAUAAACAGGAAUUAUGAAUAAACCUCGCUGUAAUGUCUGUACAAAAACUUGAUCUUAACAGCAUCUUCAUAAUAUAUCUUGUAAUGGAAGUGCAGACAAAUGAUAAACAGAUCUGUAUCAUGGGCUAGCAUUUGCAUCUUUACAUCGUGCCCUGAGAGCUGCCGUCAUUUUAUUCUUUGAGUAUUCUUUAGUAUUCUUUUCAAAAAAUAGUUUGAAGUUUGCCUAAUAAACAAACUGAUACAGCACGCUCUUA